AUGUCAUCUAAACUACUUAUUCGCGCAUUCAGAGCGGCAACAAAGCCCUCACUUGUGAAGGUCAUCGGCUUUUCGCCAUUGAGUUCCAGAGUUUAUCCUGUAAAUUUACUAUCCAGAAGACAAUUUUCGUAUACAGCACCUGCAAAUAAUUCCUCUAGAACAAUUUCCGAAAUUUUGGGCAGUGAAAUCAACACGGAACAGGAUGACAGAUUUGCGUUGGAUGAGCAAUUUCAAGACUACAUGACUGAACAAGGGUAUAAAGCAAUUGAUAAACCAGGAAAUGUGAUUACCGACUUGGUUAAGAAAAAUGGAUCGGAAACGAUACAUGUUUUUGUUGAUACUGCUGCUAUAAUUGACACAUCUUCUACAUUCAAAAGCUUGCAAGAACAAAUGCAAACAGAUCCAGAAGAAUUCACUGAUUUGGAUGAUGACAAUAUAAAAGAAUUGUCUGUGACUGAAAUUAAAACCGUGAUAGAGAAGAAUGGAAGGGCCAGCGUUUAUGACAUUCAUCUUUCUCUCCUUGACUUCGAAAUUUCUAUUGCCUCGGUUACAUUUUUUGACCACGCAGAGGAUGCAAUCAAGGAGUGUAACUGUGUGGAGGAGAUCUCAUCUUCAGCAUAUAGCGGACCAGAAUUUACAAACUUAGAUGAAGAGCUACAGGACGCAAUCCUUAAGUAUUUAAAAGAUAAAGGACUUGGCGAUGAACUUUGGGAAUUGAUAAUUGCGUAUUCUGGCGUUAAGGAAAACAAUGAUUACAUCAAUUGGCUCCAAAACUUCAAGCAAUUUGUGGAUGCUAAGUAA